AUGUGGCAACAACCAACCCCAGAGGCCGACGUGUUCAUAGAACGCGUAAACGCCUUACCAAACGAACCUGGCGUCUCUCUCGACCAUGCUUCGAAACCCUCUCUGGUCGAGGAAGAGGAAUUGAGGAGGCUCUUCGCGACUGACCCCAGAACACCGCCAACCCUAACGUUGGGCUCAUCGAUCUUUUCAACCGACCGGCCUCUAUUAGAACGGCAAGGCCCCGAGUUGUCAGGGAUCCUGAAGACCUCAGCGCAAAAUAUAUACUUCCCGUUUCUGAGGCGAAGAGGAGGAAGGAAGCAGAAGUCGAUCAGUGCAGACAUCAAGUCCGCAAGAGAAAAGGUGGAGGCAGAGAGUGAGAAGUCGAAGAGGGAGGACGGUGGUUUGGAGGACGGAAACGACGAUAGCGAACGAAAGGAAUUGGAACGUUCUAUGGUCGGGGUUGCUGGAUACAUCGAUUUCGAUGAUUAG